CCACCACCACCAAGUUUGGCAGCGGGCACUCCGCCGAGUCCUGCCUACGCGUCGGCGUCCGUGCCGCUCCCCUUUCCCCACUCGCUGCCACUGCCAUCCCAUAGAUUCCUCACCAUUACGCCGCCGCGCAUCGCAUCGUCGUAUGGCAUGGCCUCCCCCGCGGAGGAGACCUGCAGCGCCUCCUCCGCCCUCGCCAACCCGCCGGGCCUCCUCGACUACGCCGCCAUCCACUCCUGCCUCCUCCGCGGCGACGCCCGCCUCUCCCUCCCGCUCCUCGCGCUCCUCCUCCUCCUCCACUUCCGCCUCCUCGCCGCUGCCGCGGGGGCCCACUUCAGCCCCGCCGUCUCCCGCCUCGCCGCCGCCCUCCGCCUUUCCCCUUCCAUGGCCGCCGUCACUCUCCUCGCGAUCGGCAACGGCGCGCCCGACGCGUUCGCCUCCGCCGCCGCGCUCGGGGGCGCCGCCGGGAUGCCCAGGGCGGGGCUCGCGGCCGUCCUCUCCGCCGGCGCGUUCGUCUCCGCGUUCGUCGUGGGCGCCGUCGCGCUCAUCGCCGCGCCCUUCGCCGUCCCGCCCGCGUCCUUCGCGCGGGACGUGUUCUUCUACCUCCUCGCGGCGUCCGGGCUGUUUUACAUCUACCUCAGCGCGGAGAUUUUCCUGUGGCAGGCCGUGGGGCUCGUGCUCUUCUACGCCUUCUUUGUGGGGCUAGUGUUCUACAUGGAUUUGGGUGCGGAGCGGAAGGCAGUGAGCUCUGGCGAGCUGGAGAUGGCGAAUGGCAUUGGCCGUGUGGCAAUGGACUUGCCAGUCACAAUGGAGGAUCGCAAGCAAAAGGACCCUACUUUGUGUGCGGCGCUCAGCAAGGUAACAAAAGUUUGGGAGUGGCCCAUUGCAUUUGUUCUGAAGCUCACUAUACCAUCAACCCUUCCUUCUGAGUGGAACAAAGUUUACAUUUGUGCGAACAUCUGUCUAUGCCCUCUCUUACUCCUGUAUUCUUUCAGUUCAUUUAUUCCUUUGAAUACCCGAAUAGUGUUUCUUCUCCCUCAAAUCCGCUUCCCUCUAUGGUCUGUUGUGCUUUUUGCUAGCUUUUGUUUGGCUCUAUCCCACUUCCUCUUUGAGAAAGAAGCCCCAGAAACAGAAAACAUUGCAAGCACCCUCAUUUCUUUCACAAUGAGUGUCUUCUGGAUCUCAACCAUGGCUGGAGAGCUCCUGAACUGCCUUGCAGCAAUUGGACUUGUCAUGAAUUUCCCUCCAGCUAUACUUGGCAUGACGGUCUUGGCAUGGGGGAAUUCUGUAGGUGACCUUGUCGCUGAUAUGGCACUGACCAAGGCUGGUCAACCUACAAUCGCCAUUGCUGGCUGCUUUGCCGGACCAAUGUUCAAUAUGCUGGUUGGAUUGGGAACUGCCCUAGUAGUACAGACAGCAAGAGUUUACCCCAAAGCUUAUGUGCUUGAAUUCCAUGUAGGAAUUGUUGUUGCAUUUGUAUUUCUUCUUCUAAGCUUGAUGGGCACCCUGUUGGUGGUCACCUGGGCUAGGUUUCGGGUACCCAGAUUCUGGGGCUACUGCCUUAUGGGACUUUACAUCUUGUUUACCAUAGUGAGUAUUGCCAUUGCGAGUUGUUCAGGAUGACAUGUGAUCUCUUUUGUAAAUAUCAGCUGCUAGAUUGUGGUAUACUUGGUAUUUGCAAUUUGCAGUUGCUGCACAGCAAGAGAGGGUCUUAUUUGGAGCGAAAAAGGCCCUUCUGAACAUGCUAAA